AAGCAAAUCCGAAAGCACCACGAAACACGGCGGCAGCAGCCUGCGUGCCUGCCUGCCUAUCCACCCCAUCCUCCAGCCUCCGCCUCCGACACCCGCGCGCGCCCUCGCGCGGACAAAGCCGUGAGCGGCAGAGCCGAGGGAGGCGGGGCUGCGCCGGCCUCGCAAUGCAGCAGCCGGGGCCUGCCGAUCUGCCGGGCUGGGCCUUCCCGCCACGGGCGGGACCGGCGCCUGCCGCCGCGCGCGGGGCGCACCACCGCCGGGCCAGAUCUGAGGUUGCCUUCCGCCUGCCGGACGACCUCGGCCUCGGCGGCGGCGCCGGCCCCGAUGGCGACGCCUUCGACGAGAUCGGCUCGGAGGACGACCUCUUCUCCACCUUCAUGGACAUCGAGAAGAUCUCCACCUCCGGGCCCUCCGACCGCGCCGCCGAGAACUCGUCUCCGCCGCGCCCCAAGCACCGCCACAGCAGCUCCGUCGAUGGCUCGGGCUUCUUCUUCUCACCCGGCGCCGGCGGUGGCGCGGGGAAGGAUGCCGCCGCGUCGCUGGCUGAGGUCUUGGAGGCCAAGAAGUCCAUGACUCCCGAGCAACUGGCCGAGCUCGCCGCCAUCGACCCCAAGCGCGCCAAGAGAAUUCUAGCUAACAGACAAUCAGCAGCUAGAUCAAAAGAAAGAAAGGCUCGUUAUAUGACAGACCUUGAGCGGAAGGUCCAAACUCUUCAGACUGAAGCCACCACCCUGUCAGCUCAACUUACACUAUUUCAGAGGGACACGACCGGACUUUCUACAGAAAAUGCAGAGCUUAAGAUAAGGUUACAGGCCAUGGAGCAACAAGCUCAACUCCGUGAUGCUCUGAAUGAUGCACUAAAGCAGGAGUUGGAGAGGCUUAAACAUGCUACUGGUGAGAUGACCAAUUCCAGCGAGGCAUAUAACAUGAGAUUCCAACAUGUUCCAUACAACUCUUCCUUCUUCCCGCUUUCCCAGCAAAAUGCAUCCCCACACCUUGGUAGCACCCAGCUGCCACUGCCGUUCCACCCACCCCAUCCCAACGUGCCAAACCACCAGAUGGUGUCCCACCGAAACACUCUCCCGGACAUAAUGCAGCAAGAGUCUCUCGGACGGCUGCAGGGUUUGGACAUUGGGAAGGGGCCACUGGUUGUGAAGUUAGAGAGCAGCUCGAUCUCUGCAAGUGAAAGCAGCAGCACCUUCUAACGAGGCCUACAAGUGAAAACCCACCGUUUCAGUAGGUUCCAUUGUUCAUAGUAGCCUGACAUCCUUGUGCUGCUUCCUGCUCUGUAAGCCCAUUUGUUAUUUAAUUCAUUCAAUUAGUUGAAAUUAUACGCUGUCGCACUGGCUGAUCAAUCAUGUUGUAGAAUGGUCCAUGAACCCUUCAAUUCUGUUUGUUUUGGGUUCGUUUCCUGUUUCUGUGACUGGUAUCAUCAGGGCAUUUGGGUUUUGGAGUGAAAUUCUCUGGUGGUACUUUGUUGUUGUUUUAGCUAUGUUGCUUCAUGGAUCCUCUCUUUGGAACACACAUAUGUAUUCUCGUGCAAUUUGUUGAGGCCCUGUACAUUGUGUGCUGGCAAGCUAUGCGUACACCCUAAUUUAUGAAAUGUUAUCGCAUUGAGGGAUUUUAAUCACC